AUGUAUCCUUGUCUUAAAUCAAUUAUUUUAAAAAAUGCCUCUUCCGUUAAUCCAAAAUAUAUGGAAUAUUUGAGAUUAUUUCGAACGGCCUUAUUAUCAUUGAGAAUCAGUUAUUCGUUAAGGGAUGGACUGCUCUGGAAUGAAGAUUUAUCGAAGAAGAUUUGUUCAACAUUGUUUCAUGUAAAUAACGGUGAUUCGAAAGUUGAGACACUCUCAAUUAAACGUUCAUACUUACAUGUAGAAGAAAGCAGAGACUAUCAUCCAUGUUUAUCCAUAAAAAAUAUAAAAUUGUGUUUAAAAUCAUAUCAUUGUUUAUUUAUAGUAUUUGAAUAUCUUUCAUCACUUGAAUCUUGCGACGUUCGAAUAUUUGAAGAUCUAGUCGAUGAUAAUAGCAAAAUCGCUUUCACUGUCACAAAAGUGCGGUUAAAAAGAUUUGCUAUUGCUGUUUCGAAAUUUAUGCAUAAUUAUCAACAUUUAAAGGAAUAUAUCUUAAGAAAUUUUUUAACUUCGCUUGAAUAUUUAUCAAUGAAUUUAGUUACAAAGUUUUUAUUGAAUGGACACGAAUUACACUCUAAAGUAACCAGUAAAUUAUUAAACUUGAAACAGUUUCAAUUUAGAUUUAACUGUCAUUGUGAUUCGUUGAAUGAAAAGGAUGUUGACAUGUUAGUUAGAAGCUUUCAAAGUGACUACUGGUUUCAAAGUAAUCCCGAUGGUAUUAUGGUCUAUUUUCUAUUCGAUGCCAAAUUUUGUGCAUUAGUUUCGUUACCAUACGCAUUCAAGAACCUCGAUCCAGUAUUUAAUGAUACACUUAAUUAUAGAUUAAAUACAACAACAAGAAAAGUGCUGAACAUUAAUAAUGGUAGUUUACUGCUGAAAAAAGCUCAUCGACUUACGUUACAUGAGUAUUUACAACCAGUCACAUUGAAAUUAUUUCAAUUUAUUCGUUACAAUUGUCCAAAACUAACCUGUCUUCUACGUAGGCUGGAUUGUAGUUUAGCGUUCACAUUAUCCGGUGAAGGUUCACAAUUAAAUGAAAAUAAAGUAUCGGUUGUUUAUAUGAUUGAUAUUGAUACAACAAUUACAACAAUGCCAUUUUAUAAUGUUAAAGAUUUAAGUUACUUUCAAGCGGAAGAUGAAAUACUAUUUAGUAUCGAUACAAUAUUUAAAAUUAUAUCAGUUGAAGAACAUUAUAAUAAUGAUGUACGUGUUUGGUUAAUUGAAUUAAAAUUAAUUAAUAAAAUUGAUAAUGAUGAACUUGAUGAUUUAUACAAAUAUUUUAAAGAUCAAUUUAGUGGAGAAACAACAUCAUACGGUAUAUUGGCCUCUAUCUUAUAUGAAAUGGGUGAAUCUGAGAAAGCGGAAAAAUAUAGUCGAAUUUUACUUGAACAACUACCACCAGACGAUCCCAGUAUUAGUGUAAUAUACAGUAAUCUUGGUACGUUAUAUCCGAAAAAAAAUAUGUUAACAGAUGCAUUUAAAAUGUUUGAUAAAGCGAUUGACUUUUAUUCAUCAACAAAUGUAAUACACUACUCAAACAAAGAACAUUUUUUAUCGAUAGCAUAUAUGAAUAUAGCUUCAGCUCAUUUAGAUAACGGUAACUAUACUGAAGCAUUAAAAACUUAUGAAAAAGUACUUGAUAUGCAAACAAAAAUUUUACCAUCAAUACAUGCUCAUUUGGUUAAUACAUAUAAUAACAUAGCAUCUGUUUACAGUGAGAUGGGCAAUUUUCAUCAAUCAUUAAAAUAUUAUCAACUGGCAUCAGAUCUUUGCCAACAAGGAGCACUUCCUCAUAAUCAUCCAACUGUUGCAGUUAUUUAUAACAAUCUUGGUUUUAUAUUCGAUAAACUUGGAAAUAGAUCUAAAGCUAUGGAAAAUUUUGAAAUAGCACUUGAAAUUAGAAAAAAAUAUGAUGGUAAUUAUGCCAAAACAAAAGAAUAUUUGGAUCUAGCAUGGGAAUUUGACUCUAAAUAUCUACCAGUUAAUCACCCAGAAUUUGCUGCAACUUGUAAUAAUUUUGGUUUAUUAUAUGAACAACAACAUGAUUAUACAUUGGCAUUUGAAUAUUAUCAAAAAUCAGUGGAUAUUUUGACUAAAACAUCAUCACUACCUUCUCAACAUCCACUUAUAGCCGUUGCAAAUAAAAAUUUGGCGAGAGCUUAUAGACAUCAAAAGAACUACGAACGUGCAAUGGAACAAAUUAGCAUUGCUCUUGAUAUUAAACAUUCAUUAAAUCCAAUUAAUCUUUCAACAUUAUCCGAUACACUCUAUGAAUUUGGUUGCAUAAAACUUGAAAUGAAUGAUUGUGACACUGCACUGAAAUCAUUUCAACAAGCACUUGACCUAAGCCAUAAAUGUUAUGAUUCGAAAAAACAUCGAAAAAUAUCUAAGAUUAAUAAAGAAAUUGGCAUUACACUAAUAAACUGUGGUCAAUUUGAAGAAGCGUUAAAAUAUUAUCAACAAGCAUUGCAAAUCGAAUUAGACGUUUUACCAAAAGAUCAUUUCGAAAUUGGUCGAACGUAUAAUAAUAUUGGCGCUGUAUUAUCAAAAUUAAAAAAAAACUCUCAAGCACUCAUUAAUUGUCAACAAGGUAUGGCUAUAUGUUUGAAAACAUUGAAUGCCAAUGAUAAAUUAGUUAUUGAAAUUCAAAAUAAUAUUCAAAUUAUAGAAGAAGACCUGGUGAGUGUCUGUUAG